AUGGAAUACACCCUACCGUUGGUUGGCCACAGCCUAGCAAUUUUCAUCGUCUCGGCUGUCACGGUUGGAUUAGCGAUAAUUGCUGUGGUGUUGCGAUGUUUUGUGCGGUUAUACAUCCUGCGUGCGUUUGGGUGGGAUGACGCGCUUAUGGUAGCAGCGCUGGCGCUGUUCAUAUCAUUGAGCGUGCUGUGUAUGUUAGGGACGGAAGCUGGGGUCGGUCACGCACUCGCGGACUUCGAGUCGAUCAGUCUAAAGAGCAUGAAUCCCUCGGAAAGUCUGCACGCAGUGCAGUAUGCGAUGAUAUACUGGUGGCUUGGACAAAUGCUCUACCUGUGGGCGUCGGCCGUCGCCAAAGUAGCCAUUGCCCUUGCCCUCCUUCGACUGGCUGUUCGCCCGCUGCACCGCUUUCUCCUCUGGACUGUCAUAGGCACCGUGAUAUGCAUCGGACUAGUAUUCUGGCUUAUUCUGCUGCUCGAUUGCCUGCCAAUCGGGUACUUUUGGGGGCAGAUCAACCCUCUCAAGUCGGGAAACUGCUUAUCAACCGAUAUCCUCCUCAUCAUCGCAUACACCUACAGUUCGCUCACCAUUUUCUGUGACUUUACGCUUGGGAUCUUCCCAGCAGCGUUGAUCUGGGGGCUGCACAUGUCGCCACGCACAAAGGUGGCGUUAGGUGCGAUUCUCGGGCUUGGAGCAGUUGCAAGCGUGGCUGUGGUCAUCCGCCUCCCUUACCUAAAGCACUAUGCCGACGCAGAUUUCCUUUACUCGACUUACCAAAUCGCCAUCUGGUCCGUCAUGGAAACCGGCCUCGCCAUUAUCGCCGGCAGCCUCAUUACCCUUCGCCCGCUCUUCCGCUGGUUUCUCGACGGCAGCUCGUCAUAUCGCUUGGACAGGCCACAUUGCGUGCGGCGGGGGCCCUGCAUUGCGGGGGGUUAUGGAUUGUCAAGCUCCACGCUGAAGAAAUCGGUCACCAAGGAUGAGGUGAACUACUGGCUGCCGGAUCUUAUGUCUGUAGAUAACUCGCACGCACACGGGGUUAUCACGUCUGUCUCGACGCCACUAGGGAGGAGAUGCUUGAAUGGUAGUCAAGAGAACUUGACGGGCGGUUGGCACGGCGGAGUGCAGCAUAAGCAUCGGGUUAGCGUUCAUCGCACAUUUACCGUGGAGGAUGAGGUGUAGAAUACAAGAAAUAAGACAAAUGAUAUUGAAAUGGAUCGGCAACGCAAGUGCUUAGAUGAGAAGUGCAUUGGGGCACUUUCUCGACGUGGAAAUCUCAUAUUCAUUGUUCAUGGAGAUGUGUGCCAUCAGAACAGGCCAUCGCUGUCUCUCGCGAGCAUGUCCACAACCUAUACCUGUUGAUAUAGUGAUCUAUCCUCGAGAAGGGAAUUCGAUUGUGGGAAUGAAACAUCCCAUUGAUAUGGAAGCAGAUGGGGAAGUUUUGUUAUCAGAACGUACAGUGCCGCAGCGUCUAACAGUAUCAUGGAUGCAGUGGGUGCUGUCUACA